UGCCAAGGUCUUUUACGAGUCCUUGACACUGCUAUUUAUACUCGAGACUCCCACGUGGUAACGGCGGGGAUCCUCAUAGGCGGAGAAGGAGAGAGCGCCAAGAUCGCGGGCGCCGCCUGCCAAGACCGCCAAGAGUCUCCGCCCAGCGGCGCCUUCAUGUCAGUCAUAACAAUCAUCCUCUUGGUGAACGUGGUAGAGGUCCUGUCUCAGGCAAGUGCUUUUCUUUCCCUACUAGGUGUCUGGGAACUAUGCAGUAAAAAAGUAUACCUGCCAGAAGCUGUGGCGGGACCACACCACAUGGGUUUUAUAAGUGGAGCCAACUUCGAAGUACGUGGAUACAUACUUACCCUGCCAUUCAAGAUGACUCUUCACGAGUACGACUAUGUAUUUGCGAUCGGUACCCUGUUUGCUAUGCUAGAUGCAUACAACAAUGGUGCAAACGAUGUCGCAAACUCCUGGGCUACCAGCGUCUCAUCCCGGUCUAUCACAUAUAGACAGGCUAUGGUCCUUGGCACAGUAUUUGAAAUGCUUGGAGCUAUCACCGUCGGCGCCCGAACAGCGGAUACGAUUAAGAAUAACAUCAUCCCCAGCUCUGCAUUUCGAGAAAACGCAAGUGUCCAGAUGCUCGCUUUCACUUGCGCCUUGGCCGCAGCGUCCUCAUGGGUCAUGUGGUGUACAAAACAUUCAGCCCAUGUGUCGUCGACGUAUUCCCUGAUCUCUGCUGUUGCUGGCGUCGGUGUUGCCACAGUCGGGGCUUCGGAGGUUGAAUGGGGCUGGAAUAAUGGCAAAGGUUUGGGUGCUAUAUUCGCUGGCUUGGGGAUGGCCCCGAUUAUCUCUGGUGGCUUUGCCGCUUCUAUCUUCAUGCUCGUAAAGCUUAUUGUGCACAUGCGGAAAAACCCUGUCCCAUGGGCCAUCUGGAGUUCGCCCUUCUUCUUUCUCAUCGCGGCCACUCUUUGUACCCUGUCUAUCGUCUACAAAGGGUCGCCCAGUCUGAACUUGAACAAAAAGCCGGGCUGGUAUAUUGCCGCCGUCACAAUGGGAACGGGUGGAGGCGUUGCUCUGUUGUCGGCAAUCUUCUUCGUUCCGUUUGUGCACGCUAAAGUCAUCAAGAGGGACCACACCGUGAAGUGGUGGAUGGUUAUCCAGGGCCCUCUUCUCUUCCGACGUCCCGCUUCUAGCGAAUCUAACCAAGCGAAAAUUCCUAAUUAUGCCGUUGUCCAAGAAGAAGAUGACUUGUCUGUUGCAACUUCAACCAAGUCUACUGCGACCAAUGAUGAUGCCAAGAACCCUGAGCAAGGGGACAUGGCCGUAAGAUACACUGAUGACGAAAGUGAAAAAAGGACGGUCGAUAACGAGGUGUCACAAACAACAUACAAGGAACGCUUGGCUGAGAACAAGGCCAAGUUCCACGCAAGGCUUAGGACAAAACGUGGCCCCCUUGGUUGGGCGAUGCGAACACUUCACAAUAACCCUAUUGGACCAGGCCAAAUCUAUGAGCGUCGGAACAUCUUGAUUCUCGCAAAAAGAAUCCCGGCAAUGAUUGUCUGCGGCGCCCUCUAUGGCUUACACUACGACAUCCACUCUGCACAGACUGGCAUUUCGGGAACUCCAGAAGGUCAGCGUAUGGAGCGUGUAUAUUCCCAUGCAAAAAAAUACCCAAAUGAAGUUGAGUAUACUUAUUCAUUCAUCCAAAUCAUUACUGCAUGCACUGCAUCCUUUGCACACGGCGCAAAUGACAUCGGAAACUCGGUGGGGCCUUGGGCUGUUAUUUAUUCCGCCUGGCGCACCGGUAGUGCUGCUGAGUCAAAGGCCCCUGUGCCUAUUUGGCAGCUUGCCGUUCUUUCAGGGUUGAUGGGCAAUAAGAUUACAUACCAUUCACCUAGUAGAGGAAGCUCGAUGGAAAUGGGCGCAGCGAUUACGGUCCUUGUCUUCUCCCAAUACUCUCUUCCAGUCUCUACAUCAAUGUGCAUCACUGGUGCUACUGUUGGCGUUGGACUUUGUAACGGCUCCCUCAAAGCUGUCAACUGGCAGAGAGUGGGCCUUCUUCUGCUUGCAUGGAUUAUGACAAUCCCUAUUGCCGGGACUCUCGGUGGGGUUUUGAUGGGUCUGUUCAUUAAUGCUCCUCAUUUCUAA